GUGGCUAGGAUGGCUGCCAGCAGCGUCUUCCCGGCGGCUCCGUCGGCUUCUUCUCAUAUGCUUCCUUCUUUCUUUCCAUCCGCUUCUCCUUCUUCUUCUAAACUAUUUUCCUCUUCUUUUAAUAGCCACACUUUCAGACCCAUCGUUCGCCCGUUGAAGCUCGCCGUCACCACCGUAAUUGCUUCCCCUGCUCGGCCUCUGACCAUCGUAGCGGCUAGCAAGAAGGCCGUGGCUGUGCUCAAGGGGACCUCCCAGGUCGAAGGAGUGGUUACCCUGACGCAGGAGGACGACGGUCCAAUAACGGUUCAAGUUCGUGUUACUGGACUUGCUCCUGGAAAGCAUGGUUUCCAUCUUCAUGAAUUUGGAGAUACUACAAAUGGCUGCAUAUCAACAGGAACACAUUUCAAUCUUAACAAUCAUACUCAUGGUGCUCCUGAGGAUGAAAUCCGCCAUGUGGGCGACCUGGGGAACACAUUAGCUAACUCUGACGAUACUCUCUCUCUCUCUAACUAAGGAGUAGCUGAGGCAACUAUCGUGGAUAAUCAGAUACCACUGAGUGGGCCUGAUUCAGUUAUUGGAAGGGCUUUUGUUGUCCAUGAGCUUGAAGAUGAUCUGGGAAAGGGUGGACAUGAGCUUAGUCUUACAACUGGUAAUGCAGGAGGGAGGCUGGCAUGUGGUGUCGUAGACCUUUCCCCUGUCUAGCUGCUAAGUCCAUCAUCUGGAUAUAUGGCAUCUGAAAGGUCUGCAUGCAUAAAAACAUGAGUUCAAAGUGGUUUUUGUAAGAAUUAUGUCAACUCUUUAGAUCUGAUUUGUACUCCCUGUACUAAG